AGUCGUCACCAGUGGGCGCUUCAUCCUGCGCACACAAAGAGAGCAGAGCCCGGGGAUGCGCACAACGAGAGCAUCCGCUCAGAGGCACCACUGUCCUUUCUGCUUCUUGGCAUCGUCUCGUAGAGUGUAACACGAGUUAGUCGAGGAACACAACUCGGCGUGCACUCGCGCAGCAUCCUCAGCCGAGCCCCGUCCAACUCACGGAUUGUGGAAUUUACCGAGGCACGAGGUGCGGCGCGUUCAGCCCCUUCCUCAACGACCCAGAGUCGCACUUUAAACAGAGUAUAAAGAAGUGCUCCGACCCUGCCGGAGAAACGAGAGCGACCUCUUAUUUGCCUUUUGAGAGGACAGGAGUUGCUGAGAUGUUAUCCGCCCAUUAGCGCCAGAAAGAUCAUAUCUGACGGAUGGUGGGAUUACAAUGAAAGCAGGUUAAUGAAGAGGAAAAAGAUCGCAUUCUAGGACAACUUCAAAAGUCUCGCAUUCAAGGGAAAGCAUUCCAUUCACAAGCUUUGGAUGAGAGUCUUAUUAGCCCUUGGCGACUAAAGAUGAUGUUACCAUGGAAACAAAUUGUUCUACUAUCAAUCACAGGAUGCCUUGCAGCCUGCACGGAGGAUGUAAUAUUUCACGGGCCAAGAUGGAGGACAGAGCCAAAUGACCUUAUUUUACCGAUCAACUCCCCAAACCAGCAGGCUGCCAUCGCGUGCGAGGCAGAAGGGAGCCCUCCACCUCAGUACAGAUGGUCACUAAAUGGAACAGUCAUUGAUCUGGGGAAUGACUACCGGCGUCGCAUGUCUGGUGGCAGCUUGAUCAUUAGCAACCUGGACAAGGACCAAGACACCGGGGUCUAUCAGUGCAUGGCCUUCAAUACGUGGGGGUCAAUCCUCAGCCGCAAAGUCAGCCUCCAGUUCGCAUAUCUCGAUAACUUCAAAACCCAAACGGUGAGAAGUGCGGUGAAUGUCCGUGAAGGCCAAGGGGUGGUACUGCUGUGUGGACCACCUGCACACUCUGGAGAGCUGACGUUUGCAUGGAUCUUCAAUGAAUACCCGUACUUUGUCCAACAAGACAGUCGUAGAUUCAUCUCUCAAGAGACUGGGAGUUUGUACAUCGCCAAAGUGGAGCCCUCGGACGUAGGAAACUACACCUGUGUGGUGAACAAUACAGUGACAAGAGAGAAGGUGCUGAGCUCUCCUACACCACUUGUCCUCAGAAGUGAUGGAGUAAUGGGUGAAUAUGAACCCAAAAUAGAAGUUCACUUCCCUGAUUCGGUUCCAGCUGCUAAGGAAACUGUGGUGAAACUGGAAUGCUUCGCUUUGGGAAACCCCGUUCCAGAAAUAAGCUGGAGAAGAAACAGUGGCGUCCCCUUCCCCAGCAAAGUCAAAAUGAAGAAUUCAAAUGCCGUCCUUGAAAUACCUCAUUUCCAGCAGGAAGACGCCGGGACGUACGAGUGCAUGGCGGAGAAUCGGCGAGGCAAAAAUGCAGCGCGGGGUCGUAUUUCAUUCCACGCCAAACCUCACUGGGUCCAGACAAUGAUGAACACGGCUCUGUCCAUUGAGGAAAAUCUCUUCUGGGAGUGCAAGGCCACGGGGAAGCCCAAGCCAUCCUUCAGCUGGCUGAAGAACGGCGAGCAGCUGGCAGCAGAGGGCCGGCUACAAAUCGAAAACGGAGCCCUUUCUAUAGCUGUGUUAAACCUGUCAGACUCCGGGAUGUAUCAGUGUGUGGCUGAAAACAAACAUGGCAUUAUUUAUUCCAGUGCCCAGCUAAUGGUGUUAGCCUCCCCUCCCAGUUUCUCCAAAAGUCCGUUAAGGGCCUUGCUGAAAGCGCGCUCAGGCAGCGAAGUCACUCUUGAAUGCAAGCCUCAGGCCUCGCCACCAGCAAUUAGCCUGUGGAAGAAAGGGAACGAGAUCCUGCAGAGAACUGAAAGGAUUACCCUGCUUACCAACGGGACGUUAAAGAUCACCAAUGUCACCAGACAGGACGCCGGCAGCUACACGUGCAUCGCUAAGAACCAGUUUGGGGCAGCAAGUAUGACUGUAAAGGUUCUGAUCACUGAGCCCACCAGAAUCACCAUGAGGCCCACUAACAUGGAGAUCAUUGUUGGCGAAAGCAUUGUGCUGCCCUGCCAGAUUGCCUGCGAUCCAGCUCUGGAUGUCUCUUUCUCGUGGGCAUUCAAUGGCCAGCGCAUCGACUUCCAGAGAGACGGCGACCAUUUUGAACGAGUGGGUGGGAGCAUCUCAGGGGAUCUGAUGAUUCGGAACAUCCAGCUGAACCACGGAGGGAAGUACGUCUGUGUUAUUGACACUGAUGUGGAGAGCCUGUCCGCCUCUGCCAUCCUAGUUGUCAAAGGUCCGCCAGGUCCUCCAGACAAAGUGGCGGUGGAGGAGAUCACUGACAGCACAGCCCAGCUCUCCUGGACUCCCGGGAGGGACAACGGCAGCCCCAUUACCAGCUACAUUGUUCAGGCACGAACGCCAUUUACUGUGGGCUGGCAGGCUGUUGACACAGUCCCGGCCGUGGUCAAUGGAAACACGCUAACGGCCACGGUGGUAGGUCUGAACGCCUGGGUGGAGUACGAGUUCAGGGUGGUGGCGCGUAAUUACGUAGGUUUGGGUGAGCCCAGCCCGACCUCAGCCAAGACCCGGACAGAGGAUGCCAUUCCCGAUACGGCUCCCACUGAUGUCGGAGGUGGAGGCGGCACGAGGUCUGAAUUAGUGAUAACAUGGGAGCCGGUGCCUGAGGAGCUGCAGAACGGAGAGGGCUUUGGCUACAUCAUCGCCUUCAGGCCAGCGGGGACGGUCACGUGGACGCGGGCCGUCAUGUCCACGCCAGGCGUGGCCCGCUACGCGUUCCGCAACGACACCAUCCCGCCCUUCUCGCCCUUCGACGUGAAAGUGGGCGCGUACAACAACAGGGGGGAGGGGCCCUUCAGCUCCAUCGUCACGGUCUUCUCAGCGGAGGAAGUCCCCACAGUGGCUCCUAAGAGGGUUAGGGCUAGAAGUGUGUCUGCAGCGCAAAUUGAAGUGAUCUGGGAAGCUCUCCCCGCCAUCCCUGAAAGAGUGCUUGGAUACGAGGUCGUGUAUUGGGAGGACGACACCAAGCCUGACACCAUUGGGAAAGUGCGUAUUUCUGGAAACUACACGCUUGUUAACAUCACAGGGCUGAGAGCGAACACAGUGUACUACCUCUCUGUGGCUGCUUUCAACACAGCUGGCCCCGGGCCACAGUCAGCACCCAUCAACACCACCACAAGGAAACCACCUCCAGAUCGGGCUCCACUCAACAUAAAAUGGACCAUGAUUGGCUCUACGCUGACAUUGCACUGGGAUCCUGUAUCAGCCUUGGAUUCAGAGUCGAAGGUCACUGGAUAUUUAGUGCUUCUAAAGAGACAGCGCUACAAUGAUCUCAACACGCUGUUGACCAAUAAAACCACUGUGGAGCUCAGCGUCUCGUCCAAUGACAACUAUCUCAUUCAAGUCAAGGCCAUAAGCGAGGGCGGUGAAGGCAUGGGCAGCGAACCCAUCCAUAUUCACAAAUUAAGCAUGGGAGCGCGGGGCUCAGGAGCAAGCUGCCUUAGCCCAUUGUACGUCGUUGCAGUCCUCAUCAGUACUGCUCUCCUUAUUCUGGUGAUGUCUAAUCAGAACCUAUGGAGUGCCCCCCCUCCCCCCACCAUCACCCCGCUGUCCUAUGUUAACCCUCCACUGGACUGGCACAAAGCCUGGGCUUCAGUGACAGGUUUGGAAAAGGUCAGAGAGGACUGGACAGCACCCAAGUCUUAAAGGGACCACCGCACCUCCUUGGAAGGACCAGAUAGAGACAAGACAAGAGUGAAAUUUCUGUGCAUGAUAUCUUUGGUUUUUUCAGUGUCAAAUUAUAAUGUCUACAUGAUUUAACUUCUUAGUAUCUGUUGAGAUGCUAAUGCCUUAAAACCCAUUUCACAGAUAGAGUUCAUACCAAAGUAGGUAAAAGUAGCCUGCUUGUUCUACGGCUUCUUUAAACCUAUUUAUACCAAGAUUCUUCUCAAGUUGAACGUCUCAAUUUUGUUUAUUGGAUAAAAGUAAUUCUACAGCCUAAACUAAAGCAAUUCUAUAUUUAGUAACAAGUUUAUAGCUUAGGUUGUUUUUUUUCGCUAUUGCCAAAAGAAACAUUCAUUGUAAGACUAAAAGUUUCCCUAUGCUUUGUCAAGUAUAUGAAAGAUGCAUAGCAAAUUGAUCAACUGUGCCUCAAACCCAUUUAACUCUGCAUACAGACAUAAUAUUAAAUCUGUUUGAGAGCCACGGGCUCCUGAGCUUUAGGCUGCUCGACAGAGCUCUACAGAUAGAUCUUGGCAUUUCGCUCUCCAUCUCAUGCCUCCUCUAAAUAAUAAAUGCCUAUCAAACUCCACAUUCGCAGUCCAGCGAAAGAGCCGGUAUUGCAGAGGACAGAGAUGUGUGGUGUAUGUCAAACAGAUCCCCUGUGUACUGUUCCUCCUCUCGAUUUAGACAACCUGUGUUCUAGAUAUGUAUAUCACGUUAUAGAAUAUGUACCAUCUACUGUACACCCCACAUGGCCCGCCGGCCCGGCGAACAAUGGACUACAGGAGAACUGUGCCUUCACACUUGAGCUUUUUUUUUCUCUUUUCCAAUAGCUUAGGAAAACAGUUCAUGUUGCAGAGGAGGCAUUGUUGGCUUUGUUUCUGAAGAAAUUAGCGACAAAGGACAGGAGGCUCAGAAUGUAGAGGGAAUCCAUUAUGGGAAAGGUUAUGUUGAUAAAAUUUUCAUUGAGACAAAUACACCAGAGAACCUAAAACAAAAAAAGGCUUGAAAGCUUUAGGAAAGCCACAAUGGAUUGAGAUGUAUAGUGGAAGUGUUGGUGCCAAUAUUUACGGUCUGUGGUAAAACAAAUGUAUGACUUUGUCUAUGGCAUAAUUUAUGGGCUAUUAAAGCAAGGGAAUAAUUGAAGCCAAUGCUGAGGUGAAGGAGUCCUAACUGGAAACACGUUGGUGUCUUCUUACCCCAACCCCAAGCAUCAUACACCAACUCAACAGUGAUAAAAGAACAUUGCUACUCUUCUGAGGGACACACUUUUCACGCCCCUUUAUCAUGUGGAUGAGUCUGUCAAAAGCCACUCGAGUAGGAGUUGAGGUGUGAUUACUGGGAUCCUGACAAUGUUCAUGUGGAUGUGGAUGUGGAUGGAUGCCGGCAACGGAACCGCUACACAUUACUGUGCCUUUACUGAAAACGUGGCUGUGCACGGUCAUUAACUCCGAAGCUGUCGUCAUCUGUAUUUUGCACUCUCUAUCCCCAAAUCCCACACUAAAGGCGAGUGAAAGCACAAGGUGACUGGAUGUCCUCACUUAGCUGUCUGAACAGGUGUGCAGACCCCAGAGGCCUCAUAAAAAGUCCAAACAGCUGACAUAAUCAGGCUGUCCUAUCUGUUCCUUGACGGGUUUCAUAAAGCUCCUUUGCUCGUUGAUUAGACUGCAGCAGCCCAGUCAAUGGGAUAUUGAUUUCCCUGCCCCAUUAUUACAGCUGUCACAAUUCAGCUGUUUGAUGGACUGAUGGCCGUGUUCUUAUUGCACUCAUUCUGUUGUUACACUCACUGAUGUUCCAGAUGCCCUACUUCACUCCCUGUCAGACACCUUUAAAAUCAUUCUUUUUUUUCAUGUUCUUGUGUUCUGCUUUGGUUUUUAGCAGAUCCCUCAGCGUAUCUGCUUAAGCUCAGUAUUCAGUAAUUCAGUGUUGGAUUGUGAUUUUUGAAUAGGAGCGGUGACCUGAAAUGAAUUUGAGUUACAUGUCCAGCACUAACACGGUUGGGCUGUCAUGCUCCAGGAGUAGAACUACAGCAUUUUCCGUCCAACCAUGUAAACCCAAUUACACCAGAAUAUGAAAUGGUAACAUAGCAAAAUCAUUGACAUUUUGUGUAGUUGCAUGUUUACAGUAGCUGGUUGGUUUAAAAGGAGUUCACAUAAUAUCCCUGACUGUCACAACAUUGCUUAUUUUUGAGAAAACAAAAUGCUAGAGAGAUGCAAAAUGGCGGGAGCUUACAUUGCUAGCUUUGUAUGUCUGUUCAAGUUUACGGCAGGUAUUCUUUAGCAAGCAAAGCAAAGAAUAUUCCUCAAUAGACACAUUGUGAGAUCUCAAACAUCGUAAGAGUGGAUUUGAUGAAUCAAAUACAUCCUGAAAAACAAAGUGUGUGACAGUAAUGUUUAUUAGGCUAGUUAGCUUAACAGCUUUAGCGCCUGGCAUCUGUUCGGUGGAGUUGGUGGAAUGAAUCUGACCUUUUUCUUCUUUCUGGUGUGACUGGGUAUUAAGGUUUGUGUGUGUGUGUGUGUGUGUGUGUGUGUGUGUGUGUGUGUGUGUGUGUGUGUGUGUGUGUGUGUGUGUGUGUGUGUGUGUGGAGAAAUACUUGAUCCAGGUGGUGUUACUAUUUUGUUUAAUAUCCGAAUACGAUAACCUUACGACCACAUUCAUUUACAGUGCUUACGAGUGUGACAGUUUCUCAGAGCCUUUCUAUUAUUUACAUAGUUGUGGUCGAGUUUCUUACAGUACCUCGCUCAUGCUCAUAUGAAAAACACAUGUUUUUGGCCUUUCGCUUUAAUAAAUAGUACAAUCUAAAGAAAGUGAAGGAAGUGAUUUGAAUCACAGAACAUCUGUUUAUAUCUACAAAUUUCAGUUAGGAUUAUGUGGCUAUUGUUGCUAGAAUGGAGUGAACCUGGUACAGUGUAAAUAGCUUGCAUAUAUUUUUUAAACAUGGUCAUCAAAGACAACCUUAUUGCUUUUAUAUAGUGUGUUCUCCGACCUUAAUACUGGUGUAUUAAUCAAUGAUCUCUGUGAGAUACUGACAUAUAGAAGCAUUUUCAUAUUGAAAAGUAACUGUUUGUCUUGUAUACUAAAAUGUGCAUGUUAAUCAUUGUUUGUGACUUUGUGUUGGAUUUUUCUAAAACUAUACUUAAUAAAAAUGUUUAUUUCA